AAGAUUUCUCACCCGAACUCCUGACGUCGGCCAGAGGAAACUUCUACAAUGCGUGAGUGCAUUUCAGUCCAUGUCGGCCAGGCAGGUGUACAAAUGGGCAAUGCAUGCUGGGAGUUGUAUUGCCUGGAGCAUGGGAUCCAGCCGGAUGGUCAGAUGCCAAGUGAUAAAACUAUCGGAGGGGGAGACGACUCCUUCAACACCUUCUUCAGUGAAACCGGAGCCGGAAAACAUGUUCCUAGAGCUGUCUUUGUUGACCUGGAGCCCACUGUCAUUGAUGAGGUACGCACAGGUACCUACCGCCAACUGUUCCACCCUGAGCAGCUGAUCACUGGUAAGGAAGACGCUGCCAACAAUUAUGCCCGUGGGCAUUACACCAUUGGCAAGGAGAUCAUUGACCUUGUGCUGGACAGGACUCGCAAACUGGCUGAUCAGUGCACUGGGCUUCAGGGCUUCUUGAUCUUCCACAGUUUUGGUGGUGGCACUGGCUCUGGCUUCACAUCCCUGCUCAUGGAACGACUCUCUGUUGACUACGGGAAGAAGUCGAAACUUGAAUUUGCCAUUUAUCCAGCUCCUCAAGUCUCAACUGCAGUGGUAGAGCCCUACAACUCCAUCCUUACCACCCACACCACACUAGAGCACUCUGACUGUGCCUUCAUGGUGGACAACGAGGCCAUCUAUGAUAUCUGCCGCAGAAACCUUGACAUCGAGCGCCCCACCUACACAAACCUCAACAGGCUGAUCGGGCAGAUUGUGUCCUCCAUCACAGCAUCUCUGCGUUUUGAUGGAGCCCUGAAUGUAGAUCUAACUGAGUUCCAAACCAAUCUGGUGCCCUACCCCCGUAUCCACUUUCCUCUGGCCACCUAUGCCCCAGUGAUCUCUGCAGAGAAAGCAUACCAUGAGCAGCUAUCUGUUGCCGAGAUCACCAAUGCUUGCUUCGAGCCAGCCAAUCAGAUGGUGAAGUGCGACCCUCGUCAUGGCAAGUACAUGGCAUGCUGUCUACUGUACCGUGGCGAUGUCGUACCCAAAGAUGUCAACUCUGCCAUCGCCACCAUCAAGACAAAGCGUACCAUCCAAUUUGUGGACUGGUGUCCCACUGGCUUCAAGGUGGGCAUCAACUACCAGCCCCCAACUGUGGUUCCUGGAGGAGAUCUGGCUAAAGUGCAGCGAGCCGUGUGUAUGCUGAGCAACACUACAGCCAUUGCUGAAGCUUGGGCCCGUCUGGAUCACAAAUUUGAUCUGAUGUACGCCAAGAGGGCUUUUGUCCACUGGUAUGUGGGUGAAGGUAUGGAGGAGGGCGAGUUCUCAGAGGCCAGAGAAGACAUGGCUGCCCUAGAAAAGGAUUAUGAAGAGGUGGGCACAGACAGUGUCGGAGAAGAGGGGGAGGAGGAAGGGGAGGAGUACUAAAGAAAUCCCUGAAAAGAUAUGGCAAGAAACACCACAGAUACAGUAUUUUCAGAUUAACAAAAUAUUGUUUUAAGUUUCCAGUGUUUAUUUGAAAGCUGUAUUUGACACGAAUGCCAUGUGUUAUUUUUAUGUCCAUGUUUUCCUGAUAUUGCGUUUUGAUUUGAAGGUUGCUUUUGUUUGUUUAAUCCAUGAGUAUGAACAAAUCUUCCACAAAAACAAAUCUUCCCUAAGCACAUGUGACAGACCACAAGGGUUAAAGCAUUAUCUUCUAAAUACCUAAAACUAUUUUACCUGUUUAUCUGUUUCACGGAAUUGGUUGUACACUUGGCUAAAAGAUUACAUUAAAAAAAUGGUCAUCAGCUAAUAAAAUAAACAUUAAUGCAAACACGAUAACAAGCAGCAGUGUUGUAGACAGUGCUAACUACUAAAGUGAAAAAAGCUUUUGUUUCUCAGUUUAACUGUUCUGGGGUAAGAAUAAAAGAUUGGGUGUUGCUGA